CCGCGCGCCAUCAUCCAACUCUUCAUCGCGAGACAAAACAAAAACACCAAAGGUAGUAGUACUCGAGCACACGCCCACGCCCACGCCCACGCCGCGCUAUCUCACAUUCUCACCCACCAACCAACCAACAAGACCGAAACACUACGGCGUGGAGAUCGAACACGAGAGGAGAUCGAUCAAGCUAGCGCGGUUCGCAUGUCGAUGUCGAUGGCUUCGGUGAAGGCAAGCGACCCGGGGUCCGCGUGGUUCGGCGCCGGGAAGUACAGGAGCCCCGGCGGGGGGCCGACCCGCAACGUGCGGCUCGUGGCCACGUCCGUCGCGGCGUUCGUGUCCGUGCUGGGACUCGCCUUGCUCCUGCACCUCUACAUCUGCCGCGUCCGCCGCCGGAACCGCAGGCGCGCCGAGAGCGCCGCGGCCGCGGCGCGUCUGGUCGCGGCCAAGGCGCCCGGCAAGGCCGGGCUGGAGCCGUCGGCCAUCGCCGCGCUGCCGACCGCGGCGUACGAGGAGGACGAGGAGGCCGGCUGCAGCGAGUGCGCCAUCUGCCUCGGCGCCAUGGAGAAGGGCGACGCCGUGCGCGUGCUGCCGGCCUGCGCCCACGACGUGUUCCACGUCGCCUGCGUCGACACGUGGCUCGCCUCCAGCUCGUCCUGCCCGGUCUGCCGCGCCUCCGUGGAGCCGCCUCCGCCGAUGCCAAACCCCGCGGGGUGGGUGAAGGAGAAGCCGGAAUUGGAGAAGCAGGAUGCUGCCGGGAGCUCGACGUCGCCUUGCGGGCUCGGCGCGUCCCUGAUGAAGAUGCUCAGCAGAGAGAGGCCGGCGCCGCGGAGGCCGUUGCAGGUGGACCAAGCGCACGCCCCCGUGGAAAUGGAUCAGUUCGACUUGGAAAGUCAGCAGCAGCAACAACACGCUGUCAAUAAUUAGUGUUCUUUUCUGUUUGUUUUGGUCAUUCGCUGCUUGUCCUUGCAUCUGGGUGAUCGAUUCAGGAGUGGGAAAUACCGCUCCUGAAGUUUGUACAUUACGUGCUGGUGCUCGUAGCUGAGCAUGGAGCUCACUGCUCACCCACGUGUCUCUUCGUAUUUCUGCAAAGAAGGGAUAGUGGAUAUAUACAGCUCUGUUGCAAUUUCUCUGGCCAGAGUGCCUUUUUCUGCUAAGGAUUUUGGUGAUUGGUCAAACACUAAGCAGAUAUGCUUGAACGACGGAAGAAAAAUUAAUACACCAACCUCUUGGGGAGUUUGAACCA